GUCAUAUUGCACUAGAUGUCGCAGAGGAAUCAAAGCUCUUCUUUUGGAUGGUCACCAAUAAAAGCACACAGAAUAGCUCUAAACUUAUCUUCUGGCUCAAUGGAGGACCAGGAUGUUCAAGUGCAGAUGGAUACUUUUUAGAAUCAGGACCAUUACGUUUUGUAGACAACAAACUGACAAUCAAUAAGGGUGGAUGGCACGAGUUUGCAAAUGUUGUUUUCUUGGAUCAGCCGGUUGGAACAGGACUUAGUUUCACGAGCAAUCAAUUACUUGGAACUCUCUCCGAGGUGACAGACCAUUUUAUGGCAUUCCUUAAACAAUUCUUUAUUUUGUUCCCAGAGCGUGCCCAGGAUGAUAUCUAUCUUGCAGGCGAGAGCUAUGCUGGAACAUAUAUACCUUACUUUGCUCGAGCUAUUCUUUAUCAUAAUGCGGUGGUCCCACAAGGCGAGAUUCCCUAUAAUCUCAAAGGCUUGGCUAUCGGUAAUGGGUGGAUUGACCCUCUACAUCAGUACGUGUCCUACAUUCCGUAUAUUGAGCAUCAUAACAUAGCGACUCCAGAAAUGAUGGUAGAUUUGAUAGCUCAACAGGACAAAUGUCUGAGUGAUAUUCGGUUAGCAGAUCGGAUUACACAGAGUCAAUGCGAAUCCCUUGUUACUCUUAUUCUGGCCCAUACUAGAGAAGGGUCUGAAUGUAUGAACCAAUAUGACGUUCGACUAAAAGAUUCUUUUCCAGAAUGUGGACUGAAGUGGCCGGCAGAGUUGCCUCAGAUGAGCGUGUAUCUAACACGAAGCGAUGUUGUGAGUGCUUUACAUGCAAGUGAUGCUCUCCAGUCAUGGACCGAGUGCAGCUCUCGAGUCAGCUCUCAGUUGAGAUUUGAUAAUUCUGCACCAGCAAUCACGCUCCUCCCUGGAAUCCUGGAGAAAGUCAAUGUGUUACUAUUCAGUGGUGAUCAAGACUUGAUCUGUAAUCAUAUUGGUACUGAAUAUAUGAUCUCUAACAUGACCUGGCAGGGACUCCAGGGUUUCCAAGCGGACGCGGCCAAGAACACAUGGACUGUGGAUGGUCAUCUGGCUGGAGAAUGGAUCCAGGAUAGGAACCUGACCUAUGUCAAACUCUUUAAUGCAUCCCACAUGGUCCCUUACGACGCACCUCUUGCAGCAUUGGAUAUGAUGAAUCGGUUCAUGGGUCUAGAUACUAGCUUACAAUCGUUUUCGUCGAAGCUGGGUACAGAUGGAGAUGGAGAUGGGGAUGGGGAUGAAGAUCUCCCACCAUCAAAGCCAGAACCACCAGAGCCAGAGCCAUCAGAACCAGAACCAUCAGAGCCAGAGCCAUCAGAGCCAUCAGAGCCAGAGCCAUCAGAAUCAACACCAGCACCAGAGUCGAAACCAGAACCAGAACCAGAACCAGAACCAGAACCAGAACCAGAACAGCAGCAACAGCAGCAGCAGCAGCCACCGCCACCACCUGGAGGCGAAAAAGUGGAUAUUGAUCAGCCAAAGAAAUCAUUAAUGUCAGCAAAUGGCUCUGCGGCACUGCUAUUGGUAUUGAUAAUUGCUGGUGUGGGCGUCUUUAUAGUUGUCCGCAAGAACCAAGAUCGGAAAAAACCUAGUGGUGGACACGAUGGGGUUCAAUGGUUUCCACUCAGUGGCAAUGAUUUCUCUAACCAUGGUCGCCGACUCGAUGAAAAUGAUCUACAUGAACUUGUCGUGGAAAGCGGUAUUAUAGAUAGUGAUGAUGAUGAUGAUGACAAUUUUGGUACUUCUCGAGGAUCAAGGAACUAAGG